AUGACUUUGACGGUUGAUAAUGCAAGUUUGAAUGACACUGCUGCUGCUUAUCUUUUAAAGAGAUUCAAUAAAGGAUUAUUGUUUGGUGGGGAAUUUCUGCAUGUUCGUUGUUGUGCCCAUAUAUUGAAUCUUAUUGUAACUAAUGCUUUUAAGGAACAUAAUGAUUGUAUUGAUAGGAUUCGAUAUGUUGUGCGAUUUAUAAGGUCUUCUCCUGCUCGUUUUUUGAAAUUUAAAAAGUGCAUUGAACUUGAAAAAAUUGCUUGUAAGAGUUAUGUGUGUCUUGAUGUUCCUACAAGAUGGAACUCCACAUAUAUGAUGCUUGAAGCUGCUGUUAAGUUUGAAAAAGCUUUUGAUAGAUUAGAAGAUGAAGAUGCCUCGUAUAGACAUGAUAUGUCACCGAAUAAGGAAGAUUGGACAAAUGCUAGGAUGUUAAUACGAUUUUUAAAAGUAUUUUAUGAUGUCACAUUAAAGAUUUCGGGUUCUUUGUAUACUACUUCGAACUUGGUUUUCCAUCAUAUUACAGUGGUUCAGAAUUGUAUACGUUUGAAUGCGGGUAGUGCAAAUGCAUUGUUAGUUGGAAUGGCUAAUAACAUGAAGGAAAAAUUCGAGAAAUAUUGGGGAAACAAUGAAAAGAAUAAUUUGUUGUUGUAUGUUGCUAUUGUGUUGGAUCCUCGAAAGAAAUUAAGAUUUGUAUCUUUUUGUUUGAAAAAUUUUUUUGGUCCCGAGAUUGCUGAAUCCAUGGGAAAUGUAGUGGAACAAUGUUGUAGACGUCUCUUUCAUGAGUAUAGUACUACUCGAAGUGGGAGUAGACAAGGAUGUAGUAGUACUAGUACAACUAGUACACAAACUGUUUCAGGCUUGGAUGCUAAUAUUGAUUUUGAUUCGAAUGAAAAUGUGGGUGAAGAUUUUGUCUACGACACGAUUGUUGAGGAAUUUGAAAAUGAUUCUACUACACCUUUCGAACAGGGAUCAUCGGAGAUUGAUAUCUAUUUGUUGGAAGCCAACUUUCUACUGUAG